GUUCACGAGCACGAGUCGCAGGAAUCGCGCAGUGAAUACGUGCGCGAUACUCGACGGUGCCGUGCAGUGCCGUGUGCGCGAGUUCUCUAUUCGCAAUCACGAAAUAUCGCGUAACAUUGAACGUCGCCGUCACAAACAGAACCUAGCAAUAAAAUCAAUCACCACCGCUGUGUACAAUGAUCAAAUAAAAGUGCAACGAUUUUAUUCAACGGCUACAACUAUUAUUGAUACGCGGAUAAUUCUAUGAGAACUGUUGCAGAUGACAUGAAUUUAUUCAAAUUCUGAGUUCAAAGUAUCGCCUGGAAAAAUUUCGGCAGCAUCAUGAGGUCACUAAAUCUCUUCGGUGUGUGGGACUAUGUGGUUCUAUGCAUUGUCCUUCUCAUAUCAUCCGGAAUUGGGAUUUAUUACAGAUUUACUGGAGGUAAACAGAAGACAUUAAGAGAGUAUUUAUUGGCCGAUAAAAGCAUGCCUAUAAUGCCUGUGGCAUUUUCAUUAAUGGCUUCCUUCAUGUCCGCGAUCACCCUUCUUGGAGUAUCCAGUGAGAACUACACGUUUGGUUUUCAAUUCAUUGUAAUCAACAUAUCCUAUGGUAUCUUUACUCCUGUUGCGGCAUAUUUGUACUUGCCGGUGUUUUUUCGGUUACAAGCUACUAGCGCUUAUGAGUACUUAGAAAAACGUUUUGGCCAAACAGCGAGGCUAGCAGCUUCUUUGGCAUAUACCAUGCAGAUGGUAUUCUAUAUGGGGGUGGUUUUAUAUGCUCCUGCGUUAGCUCUAGAGGCUAUUACAGGCAUUAGUCAGUUAGCGGCUAUUUUAUCAGUUGGGUUGGUGUGUACGUUUUAUUCAACCAUUGGAGGCAUGAAAGCAGUUCUCAUGACGGACGUAUUUCAAUCAUUGCUCAUGUUUGCUGCCGUCUUCAGCAUUAUCAUUUGUGCAGGCAUCGAACAAGGUGGACUUUCUGGAGUUUGGGAGGUUGCGUCACGUUACGGACGAACGGAUAUGCUCAAUUUUAAUCCCGAUCCAACCGAAAGGCACUCGUGGUUUACACUUAUACUUGGCGGUGGCAUAACAUUUUUAUCCCUGUACGCUGUUAAUCAAACCCAGGUGCAGCGAUAUCUUACCGUCAAAGAUUUGAAAGCAGCUCAACGUGCCCUCUGGUUAAACUGGCCCAUUCUCACUGCUUUAAGUUUAAGCACUUCGUUUGCGGGUUUGUCCAUUUACUCUAGAUAUGCCAAAUGUGAUCCUGUUUGUGCCGGAGAGAUUAAUAUGUCAGAUCAGUUGAUGCCUUACUAUGUGGUGGAAAUGAUGGGCCACAUCCCUGGUUUGUCUGGAUUGUUUGUUGCUGGCAUCUUUAGUGCAUCAUUAUCUUCAGUUUCUGCUUCAUUGAAUAGUUUAGCUGCCGUUACGAUUGAAGAUUAUUACAAGCCAUUGUAUAGAUAUUUUCGUGGCGUUGAACUCUCCGAUCGUUUGGCAAAUAUCAGUUCGAAAAUAAUAGCACUCACCUUCGGAUUUGCAAGUUUAGGAGUGGCAUUCCUAGCGCAAUAUUUAGAAGGUGUGCUGCAAGCAUCACUAACCAUUUUUGGGGUAGUUGGAGGACCACUUUUGGGAUUUUUUACAUUGGGAAUGUUUACAACGACGGCAAAUGAACGCGGUGCCAUUACUGGUCUCGUCAGUGGUUUGUCACUCGCACUGUGGAUGGCUUUUGGCGGGCCAAAACCACCACUCAAGAAACUGCCAGUAUCAAUAGAAGGCUGUGAUUAUUUAUUUAAUAAUAAAACUGUUUGUUCUCCUAUUAAUACACGACCAGAUAGCGAAUAUUUCUGGUUAUAUCGAGUGUCCUACUUAUACAACGGUGUGUUCGGAUUAAUUGCCACAUGCGUGGUUGGUUACGUUAUAUCUUGGUUGAUUGACAAGAUCGCCUGCACCGAAAAACGACCCAUGAAUCCAAACCUAUUUAUACCCCCUUUAGCGAGGAGGUUGGAAAAGCAAUGGGAGACUCCAUUGAAGAUGAACGAGAUGAAGUCAUACGAAGAGUAGCCAAAAACCUUUCGAUACCGAUCAUCAUCAUAUAAAUUCAUAAUGAUUGAAUUUACUGAGACCAAAGUUAAUCAGUAUAAAGAGAAUUGAAGUGUACUUCAGUACUGUAUAGACUGCUGCAAAGUCUUCCAAUUGUUGUAAAAUGUUGUUAGUUAAGUGGUAAGUGUUAGGCAUAUCUGAUGUUAUUAAAUUACAAUUUAGCCUAAAA